CAACUGUGAAGGUCCAGAACCAGUAAGCAACUUGGAUACACCUCUCAUCUCUGACCACCAGAGGUCGCCUUGUUCUGAAUCUGACACUGAAGUAACAGGCUCUACAGAUGGCACAGAAUUCCAUUCCAGAAUUCCAGCUUUCCUACAUCUACUUAAUUUCUCUCUCAUGGGGUUCACAGAAAACUCAUCUACAUCAAACUCCAUGGUCCUUCCCCACCAUAAAAAAAACUGCCAGUAAGACAAGUAGAAAUAAGUUAAAUACUCACCAAAGUCGGCGGACAAAUCAAGGACAAAGCUUGAAGACGAGCCCCCAAAGGAGGACACCACAUGACUGUCUCCAUUCUUCCAGCAUUCCCAAUGACUCCAGCAGCAAAGGGGAAAGUAAACAAACGUGUUCAAUGCCAACACAGAACAAAGGUAAAAUGGAGAGUCCUCAAAUGAACUAUAUGUCCCCUCCCUCUCGAGUGACAAACAGCUUGGCUUCUUGAAGAAAACUCAAAGUGAAAACUUGACGGAUACGAAGAUGACGAUGUUACGUUACAAAGAGCGAACAAAAGCUCUUUAGAUACCAAUAAACUCAGACUGUUUGUUUGAACUUAAAAUGCCAGAUUUAACACAAACAAAGAACAAAGACAAAAAGGACAAAACAAAAACCCUGAGUACUGAAAACUGGGCAACAAGCCAACACAAAAGAAUCGUCACAGAAACAACACCUUGGGUGUGGUUGGAGAAGAGACAGCAUGAGCAGGCUGCAGCAGCAACAGGAACUUACAGGUAAAACUCUGGCUCCAGCGAAUCAGCCUCCAUCUGGCCACGCCACAAACAACCCCACUCUGCAGGAAGCAAAACUGCAGUCUCAUUUGACAGCAACUAAUAUGAGCCUGGGGUCAUAACAGUGUCGUCACACUGUUGUUUUCCUUUUGUGGAUCAACAUUUAUUUUCCUGCUCUUCAGGUGUGUCUCUGACACAAUUUAGUCGUGAACUGAACUCUUUCCAGAGAGGAGCACAGAGUCAGGACGUGGUGUCAGAAGCUCCGAUUGACUUGAGUGGAACCAUCAACAGAAAGAUACUGGUCUUAGCAUCAAGUAAAUCAUGGCUAAAGCUAGUUUCGGUGCAGAAAAAAUAUGGAUAAUGUGGUGGCUAAUCGUCGACUAACUUAUGCUAAAUAUUAAUACAUGCAGAUGGUGAAGUCAAAGUCGGAUGGCCGUGAUUCAACUGCGGCCCAUGUGAGAGCACAACAAAGAUGUCUCCUUCAAAAUAAAAGGAAGUGAUCCGCUUGACUCCGCCCACUCCGCCAUGUUCUUCUCCAGAACUCUGCAGCAGCUUCGUGCUCCUCGUCCGUGGAUCCUCCGGCGGAUGAAAUGUUCUUCAGAGGUGGAAAGAUUCAUAAGUGACGAUCAUCUGCUGCCGAGUUUCCACCACAUCUUCCUCUGCUGUGAAGGAAGAGGAUCCUGCUGCAGAUGGAGACCCGGAGAGCAGACAUCAAGGAGUGUGUGGUCAACCGACUGCUGUGUGACAAGGGUCUGUGCAGAAACCUUCCCGGCUCCUUCAGCUGCUCCUGUCCCAAGGGCUACGUCUUCAAACCUGACUCAUGUGAAGGUGUCCAGCAGCUGCUGGUGAUGAAAGAAGAAGAAGAUGCUACUGAGCAGCAGGAGUGCAGCUCCAGUCUGGAUCAGGAGGGACAAGAACCUCCUCUCAUUAAAGAAGAACCAGAAGAAGAAGAUCUAGACCAAAUCAAAGAAGAGGCCACCCAGUUCUCCCUCACUCCUGUCCAGGUGAAGAGUGAAGAUGAUGGAGCAACCAGCAGCUGGACUCAACACAUGAAGACAGAAGCUGAUGGAGACACCUGUGGAGGAGCAGAAGCAGCCAGUGACUUGGAUACACCUCUCCUCCCUGACCACCAGAGGUCGCCUUGUUCUGACUCUGACACUGUUGACAGUGAGGACUGGAGAGGAACUAGUGACCCUGAAUCUGCUUCAAAUUCAAUGGAGGAUCCAAAUGUUCAUGUCAGUGGGAAGAAAGAUGAUGCUCUCAACACACUGAACUGCUCUGGGUGUGGGAGGAAAUGCUCUUCGAAGUCUGAACUGAUUGGACACAUGAAAUCCUGCAGCGGAUCUUUGAGUUGUUCGGUUUGUGGAAAAUGUUUUGAAAAGAAACGUGAUCUAAAAAUCCACAUGAGACUUCACACAGGAGAUGCACCUUACAACUGCUCCUACUGUGGUGAGAGGUUUACCCAGCAGGAAACAAAGGAAGAACACAUGAAGAUUCACGCUGGAGAAAAACCUUUCCAGUGCUCUCAGUGUGGUAAAUGCUUCAUGCAUCACUAUUACCUAAUGCAACACAUGAGAGUUCACACGGGUGAAAAACCUUUCAGUUGCUUGCAGUGUGGUAAAUGCUUUUCACAGAAGGGGAAUCUGAGUACUCACCUGAGACGUCACUCGGGUGUAAAACCCUUCAGCUGCUCUCAGUGUGGUAAGUGCUUUUCACUAAAGGGGUCACUGAAUAGUCACCUAAGACUUCACACAGGUGAAAAAACAUUCAGGUGCUCUCAGUGUGGUAAGUGUUUCAAGCAACAUACCACACUGAAAACACACUUGAGAAUUCAUACUGGAGAAAAGCCUUUCAGCUGCUCUCGGUGUGGUAGAUGUUUUACAACAAAAGGGAGUCUGUGUACUCACCUGAGACAUCACUCUGGUGAAACACCUUACAAAUGCUUUGAGUGUGGUCAGAGUUUUGCACAGCGUAAAACAUUUAAUGUGCACAAGAAAGUCCACACUGGUGAAAAACCUUUCAGAUGUUCUGAGUGUGGAAGAUCUUUUUCUCAGAAAUGUCACCUGGAUGAACACAUGAGAAUUCACACUGGAGAAAAACCGUAUGGUUGCUUGCAGUGUGGUAAGUGUUUUUCACAGAAGGGUUCCCUCAAUAGUCACCUGAGACUUCACACAGGUGAAAAACCGUUUAAAUGUUCUCAUUGUGGUAAGUGCUUCAAGCACCAUACUACACUGAAAACACACAUGAGAAUUCAUACUGGUGAAAAACCUUUCCACUGCCCCCAGUGUGGCAAGUCUUUUGCACAGCGUGGGACUUUUAAGUUACACUUAAAGGUUCACAUGGAUGAAAAACCGUUCAGCUGCUCUCAGUGUGGCAAAUGUUUUACCCAGAGUGUUGCCCUGAAAAACCACAUGAUACUUCACACUGGAGAAAAACCUUUUAGUUGCUCCCUGUGUGAUAAACAGUUUGCAACCAAAGGUAACCUGAGCACUCACCUGAGGCAUCAUUCUGGUGUAAAACCAUUCGGCUGCCCUCAUUGUGGUAAAAGUUUUGUUCGGAAACAUCACCUCACGGGACACAUGAGAGUUCACACUGGCGAAAAACCCUUCAGCUGCCCUCAGUGUGGUCGGUCUUUUGCUCGUAAAGGUCACCUGGACGGACACAUGAGAAUUCAUACUGGGGAGAAACCUUUUGUUUGCUCUCAUUGUAGUAAAUGUUUUAAAUUGAAACAGUACCUGAAGUGUCACAUGAGAGUUCACUCUGGUGACCAGCCUUACUCUGAGUGACCACGUGUGUAUUUGACAGUUGACAGGACUGUUUUAUUGUCCUUGUCUAAUUAUGGAAGAGAGUUUAAUAUUUCAUAUACUGGUAAUGACAUUGAGGCUUCUUUCGUCCUCUGGUCUAUGUUUUCUACAUGAGAGACGAGUCUGCUCACUGCAGUGUUGUUCAUUUUGAUGAUAGACGCAGUUCUGUAGAUGUGUUUAUUUGAGCGUCACCUGCAUAUGAUCCUGUUUUCAUGUUUAGUUCUUCAAAGAACAUUGUGUGAGAAGAGACUUUUCUUUGUCAGUUCCCCCGUAUUUCACAUUAUCACAUCGUGCAUCAAGCAGUUUUCUGUUUUGACUGACAGACGGAUUUUAGCAACACUAAGAUAAAUGAUGCGGCCAAAGUCAUGACA